AUGGAUCCUCCGCCGUACUAUCAGCCGGAAAGUUCUGACACCCGACAAAGGUCCGGCUCAACACCGAAUGUAAAUGGACCGCCGCCCGAUUUUAUCGGCGCUGGAAUGCCCGGCGGGAUCCAACCAAACGAGUUUGGCUUGCAAGCUCAAUUGGGAAAGAUGGUGGGCGUCAAAAAUGAUUUGUUAAAUAAUAAUUGGAUCUUAAAGGUGUGGGAAGCGGGCUCGAAGCAAGUUCAGGACACUUUCAAGUCUUACGGACGGAUUGAUUUAUUCCGACCUUAUUUUGACGUGGAACCGGCUGAGGUUUGGGAAAAUACAAGUUAAGCAUAGGUAGAAAGCAUUUAAAGGUCAGAGCGAGGUUAAUUCGAUCAUUCGUCCCGAAAAAGCCGUCGCAAAUGGCGACGUCUCCAGAUUUAUACGGCCCAACGAUGUUGGUCCUUACAAUGGUUGCUUUGCUUCUUUAUAACAUGAAAAGCAGCGGGUUAGUUUUAUCAAAGGAAAUAUAUAAUAUAGAAUGAUUUAUAGUUACACAGUUCAAAACGGAACUUUGAUGGGAACGGCAAUGUUCAGUUGUUUCGGAAGUUGGCUGUUGAUUUCUGGCGGUCUUUACGUUUUGUGCUUUUUAUUGUCUGCUGAAGUCCCAAUGCUUCAUUUGGUAUCGACUUUUGUGAGUUUUGAAGGCUCUAGUAAUAUAUUUUCAAAGUUUUGAGCCGCAUUUUCAUGAAUUUCAUCCAUUCAGCUUUUCUUAUUCCCAUAAUGACAAGUUAACAUUGUGUUUCAAGUACUUAUUGAAGAAUUUCGAGCUCUUCUUUGUUAAUUAUUACAUAUUUUUCGAAAAAUGGGACCAAUAUUAUUUUCAGGGCUACUCUUUAACAUCCCACAACGUCGUCCUUUUAUUGACAUCACUGUUUCAUUCUUCUCACGAUCAUCUCUUUUUCUUCGUUCUAAUGGGCAUUUUUUGUGUGCCGGCCGCAUUGAGAAUGGUUGGUUUUCUUUUUUUGGAUUUGAAUUUUUGCCAAAAAGGCCAGAAACAUCACGCUGAAGGUUUGGUUUAAUUUUUAGGAAAAAUUGAUGAGAUUUUCAAUUUUUUGAGAUGCACCUGGUACAGGCAAUUAUUUUUAAAUAACUUACAAUGUUAUCAUAAUUUUUUUCAGAACUUAACUUUAUGCUAAAACAUUUAUAAGAGUCAUCAUUUUAAUCUUGAAAACUUAUUAUUUUAUAAUUAUUUUUCCCUUUUUGCAGGCGUUGAUCGUGUGCAUGCAUUCGCGAGUCCCAGCCAAUCGGCUAAUUUUAAUGAGCGUUGCCAUUGGAGCACAUUUGCUGCUUAUUAUUUAUCUUCACUUCGGAUUCCAUGUCGUUUUGGAAGGUGAUUUUGUUGAUUUUUCUGUGCACCGGAACGUCAGAGUGGGCCCUAUAGGGAUGAGGAGAAAAAAUAAUCUCUGUAAGUGCCCGCGAUAGGGGUGAAAUUUAAGGAGUCACUAUAGGGGUUUAAGUUUACCCUUAAGCCCCUAAAGCUUAAGCAAUAAGGGAAUAACUAAAAUCCCUGAAGGAGCCGCUUUUGGAAGCUUUAGUGGUCCCUAUAUAGAGAAAAGCAAAGUGCUCCCUGGUCUCCUAUAAUGUUUAGGUGGUCACUAUAGGGGUUUAGGGUCCCGAAGCCCUUGAAGCUUGAACUGUAGGAAUCUAACUAUAACUCUUAUAGGAGCCUCUUUUGAAGCUUAAGUGGCCCCUACAGGGAAAGGUAAAGUGUUCCCUGGCCUCCUAUAAUGUUUAGGUGGUCACUAUAGGGGUUUAGGGUUACCAUCAAGCUCCUAAAGCUUAAGCAAUAGGGGAAUAACUAAAACCCCUAUAAUAUCCGCUUUUGGAAGCUUUAGUGGCCCCUAUAAGGAAAGAUAAAGUGCUCCUGGCCUCCUAUAACUAUGAUUUUUUGGAAUCGAUCUGAGGCUUCUUCUUCGGAAAAUAAUAAAAAUAAAAAAAUUGCUUCAGAACUCGACGAAAUGGUCGUCGAUGCCAUAGCUGCUGAUGAAGCUCGAGCCGUCGUCCAACAAGGAUUCACUUUAUAA